AGGGCGAACGUUGUCGCUACAGUAUCAUCAGCGGGUGGGGAGGCUGGUCCCCCGGGCCCGGCGACCGAGGGCACCGACAUGAAAGGUGUUGAGGCUACGCCAGAAGAGCAGGAACGGCUAGCAACCGGAAACAACAAUGGGUCGCUGGACUGCAAACACACGGCCGCCGACCCGCAGCCGCUGCAGGGACGCUCCGUGUUCCACUCGACGCGGGUCUUCAUGUUGGUGUUCCUGUCGGGUUGGAUACUGCAGGGCAUGUUCCUCACCUACUUCGUUAGUGUAACGACCACAAUAGAAAAAUUAUUUAGAGUAGAAUCAAAGACGACGGGGACGUUACUAGCGGCUACGGAAAUAGGCCAGAUAUCUACAGCACUGAUCCUGACGUACCUGGCAGGCCGCGGACACCGGCCACGAUGGAUCGCCUGCAUGAUGAUCGUGCUGGCGGUGGGUGUGGUCGGCUGUAUCAUGCCACACCUUCUCUAUGGCACUCAGCUGCUCGAAGUGCACCAGGAAGAGCAUCAAGGUGGCGCCGCGCCUGUUUGCUACAGCUACCAGAACUCCUCCGACUUGUGUGAUGCCCCACACAUAAAGAGCUCGACCACACGGUCCUCCAUCACUUCUGUUGUCAUCCCAUGGCUGUUUAUUUGCCUGCUGAUAGUGGGCGUGGGGCAGACUGGGAUAGCCACGCUGGGUAUUCCAUACAUAGAUGACAACGUCGGCAGCAGGCAGUCACCACUUUACAUGGCUAUUACCAUCGGCAUAAGGGUCCUAGGCCCUGCAAUGGGCUUCCUCCUGGGGGCUCUAUGCACCAGGGUCUACGUGGACCCGCUGACGGACCCAGGAUUCGAUGCCAGUGACCCGAGGUGGGUUGGAGCUUGGUGGUUGGGUAUGGUGUUUGUGGCUUGCUUCGUAGUGGUGCUGUCUACCUUGAUGUUCUGCUUCCCUCGUGCGAUCAAGCAAGAUCUCAUACAGAUGUCUGCCAAGAAGAUGCAGGAAAAGAAUGAACCGAUGUUCAAAGAUUUCAUCGAAACGAUCAAACGGCAGCUUACAAACGACAUUCUGAUGUGGCGGACAGCUAGUUCGGUUCUCCACUUGAUGCCAAUCAGUGGCGUGUACAGCUUCUUACCCAAGUACUUGGAGAAGCAGUUCCAGCUCCCCACACAUGAAGCCAACCUUGUUUCGGGUAUGGGUGGUAUUAUGGUGAUGGGUCUGGGCACCAUUUCGGCAGGAUUCGUCAUACUGAAACUGGUGCCUUCAGCUCGGCAGGUGGCGGCCUGGACAGCUAUGAGUGCUGCUAUUUAUAGUGCUGGUAUGAUAUUGCUGAUGUUCGUGAGCUGUCCGGAGGAGAACUACAGGAUGAUCAGUGAAGGAGGCAGCAUCCCUAACAGCAGUGUGGAGUGCAGCGCGGGCUGUUACUGCGCUGAUGUGGCCUUCAGUCCUGUUUGUGGACAGGAUUCGUACACGUAUCUGUCUCCGUGCCAGGCGGGCUGCCUGGGCAGUCACCAGCUCGACAACAACACGUGGAUGUACACCAACUGUUCAUGCAUCGAUGGCACCGCGCGCGGAAAGAAGGCAAUGGAGACAAUCGAACGUUACAAUCUAUACAAUUCAUCAGAGGAGUAUUUGUCGAAUCCCCUGGGUUUUGCCGUGAGUGGAGAAUGUGGUGGCUCGUGUUCUCAAGUGUACGUGUUCGUUGCCAUAUUCGCGACGCUCAUGUUCAUACACGCCAGCGGGGAGGUCGGCGGCGUACUACUUAUCAUACGCUGCACUGACAGACAAGACAAAGCGAUGGCGAUGGGAGUGAUUCAGUUUGCAAUAGGAGCGUUUGGCAACGUGCCGUGUCCGAUAGUGUUCGGCGCGGCCGUGGACGCGGCCUGCCGCGCGCGGGACGCCGUCUGCGGGAUACUCGGCGCAUGCGCCUCCUAUGAUAACGAUAGCUUCCGAUACUUCUAUCUAGGUUUGUCGUCAUUCCUAAUGUUCCUAGCAUGCAUAAUGGACAUUUUGGUAUGGAGUAAGGCGGGUCGCAUUGACAUGAACCCGGAGGAGCACCCCGAACCUGAAGGAUCCGUGGCACUCACAAACCCAUCGGACACACAACUCUGA